AUGUUACAGAAAAACAUCGUGGAAGAAUCAGACAUCUCAAGACUACCAUACUUGCAAGCUACCAUCAAGGAAGUGUUCCGCCAUCACCCUCCCGCACCUCUCUUAUCUCCUCAUGUCGCGGAGGAUGAAGCUCGAGUCAAUGACUAUAUAAUCCCCAAAAAUGCAAAAAUAUUUGUCAAUGUUUGGGCAAUCAUGAGAGAUCCAAGCAUCUGGAACGAUCCGGAGAGCUUUGAGCCUGAACGAUUUUUAAAUAACGACAUAAAUUUUGGAGGGCAGCAUUUGGAGCUAAUUCCAUUUGGUUCAGGACGGAGAAUUUGCCCGGGCUUUCCAAUAGCUAACCUCAUGUUCCACUCCAUGGUGGCAACGAUGUGUCACAACUUUGAUUGGAAACUUGAAAAAGGGGCAGAAUCCAAAAAACUCCAAAGAGAAGAGAUUUUCGGACAAGUACUGCAGAAGAAAACCCAUCUUAGAGCAAUUCCCAUCAAGGUUUAA